AUGCCAAAUCAAUUCUUACAUACAGACCAAGAACAGCGUUCUUCUGUGAUAUAUUCUACAAGUAUGGGGAAAGCUGGUCUUUUCAUUCCUGCUGAUUAUAUCGGUUCAAAUAAUAACGAUGCUAUUAUCGAUGAAACGGAAGAUGAUGAAGGAACCUCAUCAUCAGGUGAUAAUUUGCAUAGUAAUAAUAAUAUCAAUGAUCAAACAGCUACAGAACCUGUACGAUUGACAAAAAAUAGUGAUGAAUUGGAAUUUUUGUUAGGAGAUGAAGAUGAUGAUAAUAAUAAUAAUAAUAAUAGAUUUAUGCAUUAUCAAUCUAUUAAUGAAGCACAAGAAAAUCAUAAUCGUAAUUCUAUUACAGAACAACCAAUACAACAUAGUCGAGCCACGUCAAUGUGUAAAAGUCUUAUUGACGAAGAACGUGAUUUAUUGAUAGAUAACAAAUUGUUGAAUAAUACAGUGGGGCAACGUUCAAGAGGAAACAGUAUAGUGGAAAGUAUGUAUGGGAAUAUUGAACCUGUAGAUGCAGAAGUCGCUGGUGAAGUUAUAAAUACAUGGAAUGAUGCUAUUGAUUCAGGAAAACCAAUCCAAAGUUCUUUUAAGAGAGAAACACAAGUCAUUGCAUUUAAUGCAUUACCCCUUAUUUUUACAUUUAUUUUACAAAAUUCGUUAUCCUUAGCAUCUAUCUUUUCUGUAUCUCAUUUGGGUACUAAAGAAUUAGGAGGUGUAACUUUAGGUUCCAUGACAGCUAAUAUUACAGGCCUAGCGGCCAUUCAAGGUCUUUGUACAUGUCUAGAUACAUUAUGUGCACAAGCAUAUGGUGCAAAAAAUUAUCAUUUAGUUGGUGUCCUCAUUCAAAGAUGUGCUACUAUUACUAUCUUGGCUUUUCUACCAAUCAUGUAUAUUUGGUGGAGUUGGUCAGAGACAAUAUUAUCAUGGAUGAUUCCAGAACGAGAAUUAUGUGUCCUUGCUGCUAAAUAUUUAAGAAUUACAGCUUUAGGGGUACCAGGUUUUGUACUAUUUGAGUGUGGUAAAAGAUUCUUACAAUGUCAAGGUAUCUUCCAUGCAUCAACAAUUAUUUUAUUUGUAUGCGCACCAUUAAACGCUCUAAUGAAUUAUAUCUUUGUUUGGAAUAAGACGAUUGGUAUUGGUUAUUUAGGUGCCCCUUUAUCUGUAGCUAUAAACUAUUGGUUAAUGGCAAUUGGAUUAAUGCUUUAUACAUUAUUUACCAAACAUGAUAGCAAUCCAAUGAAAUGUUGGAAUGGGAUUAUAAAGAAAAGACAAAUAUUUAAGAAUUGGAGAAAAAUGUUUGGAUUAGCUCUUCCAGGUAUCAUCAUGGUUGAAGCAGAAUUUUUAGGUUUUGAAAUUUUGACCAUAUUUGCAUCUCAUAUUAGUACCAAUGCCUUAGCAGCUCAAUCUAUUGUCUCUACGGUCGCAUCUUUAGCAUACCAAGUACCUUUCUCUAUUUCUGUUUCCACCAGUACAAGAGUAGCAAACUUAAUUGGUGCCUCCUUAUACAAGAGCUGUAUCAUCACAUGCAAAGUUUCUUUAUUAUUGUCAUUUGUAUGUUCUUCCUUUAACAUGAUGAUAAUUGUUACUUUCAGAGACCAAAUUGCAAAAUUAUUUUCAACUGAAAAGGCUGUUGUCAAUUUAGUCAUUUCAGCAUUACCAAUAUUAGCAUUCAUGCAAUUAUUCGAUGCUUUCAAUGCAUCCACUGCUGGUUGUUUACGUGGACAAGGUAGACAGAAAAUCGGUGGUUACAUUAAUUUGUUUGCAUUCUAUUGUAUUGGUAUCCCAAUGUCCUAUAUGUUAACUUUUACUUUCAACAUGGGUAUUGGUGGUUUAUGGUUCGGUAUUACUUGUGCACUAAUAAUGAUGAGUAUCUGUCAAGGUUAUGCUGUAUUCCACGGUGAUUGGAAUCAAAUUCUUCAAGCGGCAAAAUUGAGAAAUGCAGAAGGUGCCAGAGUAAAUUGA